GGAACUCAGCCAGCGUGCAGGAAGUGGGCGGGAUUAGCGGUCCCGGGCGGUAGUUCGGUUGUGUUGUUGCUGUGGGAGGCCCGGGGUGCUGGUUACCGGGCCGGGGGCUGGCGGAGUGUUUCCUGGUCGGUGUCUGUCGGUCGGAGAUCGCCUUAGAGGGCAGCGCUUGCACUUACCGGCCCUGAGGUGAGUGCUACCCGGUGGGGGAGGGGACUGUGGGCGCCAGUGUACCCAGCGCUUACACCGGCCUCCAGCCCGGGCUCACACACUCACACACACACAGGGGGGGAGCACACACUCACACACACACAGGGGGGGAGCACACACACUCACAGGGGGAGCUAGAGCGAGGAUUGAUCGAAAUGGAGGCCAAAUAGUAACCCCCAGCCUCUCACAAUAAACUACAAUCCAGAGAGCGCCUUCAGGCUGGCAAAGCAUCAUAGAAACAUAGAAUGUGACGGCAGAUAAGAACCAUUCGGCCCAUCUAGUCUGCCAAUUUUCUAAAUACUUUCAUUAGUCCCUAGUCUUAUCUUAUAGUUAGGAUAGCCUUAUGCCUAUCCCACGCAUGCUUAAACUCCUUUACUGUGUUAACCUCUACCACUUCAGCUGGAAGGCUAUUCCAUGCAUCCACUACCCUCUCAGUAAAGUAAUACUUCCUGAUAUUAUUUUUAAACCUUUGUCCCUCAUGGGAGUAGUAGUUCAAGCAUGGUUGGCAAAGCCUUGUGGGAGUUGUAGUUUAAGCAGGGUUGGCAAAGCCUUGUGGGAGCUGUAGUUUAAGCAGGGUUGGCAAAGCCUUGUGGGAGUUGAAGCAGGGUUGGCAAAGCCUUGUGGGAGUUGUAGUUGAAGCAGGGUUGGCAAAGCCUUGUGGGAGUUGUAGUUGAAGCAGGGUUGGCAAAGCCUUGUGGGAGUAGUAGUUCAAGCAGGGUUGGCAAAGCCUUGUGGGAGUAGUAGUUCAAGCAGGGUUGGCAAAGCCUUGUGGGAGUAGUAGUUCAAGCAGGGUUGGCAAAGCCUUGUGGGAGUAGUAGUUCAAGCAGGGUUGGCAAAGCCUUGUGGGAGUAGUAGUUUAAGCAGGGUUGGCAAAGCCUUGUGGGAGCUGUAGUUUAAGCAGGGUUGGCAAAGCCUUGUGGGAGCUGUAGUUUAAGCAGGGUUGGCAAAGCCUUGUGGGAGCUGUAGUUUAAGCAGGGUUGGCAAAGCCUUGUGGGAGUAGUAGUUUAAGCAGGGUUGGCAAAGCCUUGUGGGAGUAGUAGUUUAAGCAGGGUUGGCAAAGCCUUGUGGGAGCUGUAGUUUAAGCAGGGUUGGCAAAGCCUUGUGGGAGUAGUAGUUUAAGCAGGGUUGGCAAAGCCUUGUGGGAGUAGUAGUUUAAGCAGGGUUGGCAAAGCCUUGUGGGAGCUGUAGUUUAAGCAGGGUUGGCAAAGCCUUGUGGGAGUAGUAGUUUAAGCAGGGUUGGCAAAGCCUUGUGGGAGUAGUAGUUUAAGCAGGGGUGGCAAAGCCUUGUGGGAGUUGUCGUCCAAUAUCAGUUGUUCACCUCUGGUCUGCCAGGUAUCUGCAUUGGAAGUAAUUAUCCCCUGAAAGGUUUAUUGAUCGAACAGAGGUUCAUUAAUCACAUUUAUUUAUGUUCUCAUCAUAGAGUUAUUCCCUUUUAUAUGGGUUUAUGUAUUUUAACAUGGCAUUGCAAGCUGUGUGAAUCAUGCCAUCCAGGGACUUGUAGAAUGUGUAUGUUGCCAGCGACAGUCUGUGAGUGAUGUCCAGAAUCAUAUUAGAAUGGCUGUUCACCGAUUUAAAAAAAAAAAUAAUAAUUUUAAAGGACACAGAGGCGCCUAUUAUGCUGCACUCUUUCUUUAUUUACCUCCACAUCAAAGUAAAAAUCACGAUUUACGUCUUAAUUGUUAAUAGUAAAAUCUGGAAAUUUCCCGGAACAGUUGCUAAGUGUACAUUGAGUUUUAUGGCACCGCUGUACAUACUGUCAACAUGUAGCGCUCUUGGUUGUUCAUGAAAGUGGCAACCUAUUUGCUUAAUUGAUGUUUUUUGGCUGUGUGUGUGUGUGUGUGUGUGUGUGUGUAUAUGUAUGUGUAUAUAUGUGUGUGUAUAUAUAUAUAUAUAUAUAUAUAUAUAUAUAUAUAUAUAUAUAUAUAUAUAUUCUCGUAGUAGACGGUUUCUGCCCUCCUAAUUCUCUUUUGCCUAAUCACUGUGAUCUGUCUAUAGGGCAAUCUGUUAUGCAUUCUAUAUUCUGCAACUGUUAUAAGAGUAAACAUCUUACGGACUGGAGUUCUUAACUAAAGAUUGAAUUUUGGAAAAUUUAAUCUGACUAGCAAAGUUGAGGAUAGAAUUAUCUGCUUUAGUCACAGCUUGGCUGUUUUCAGCCUCAGUUUUUCCUUUUGGAUUUUAUUUGCUAAACUUGGUGUUUAGUGCAUAACCCAUUAAGAGUUUCUUGGGGCUUUACUUAACAGACCUUUUCAUUUCAGGCAGAUCAUAACACUUUAACAUUGAAACUAAAUAUAUUGUUUUCAUUAAAUGGUGUUCCACUUUAAGGAGAGUGUUCCUCUAGCGCAGGGGUAGGUAAUCUUCAGGACUCCAUAUGUGGUGUACUAAAUGCUCUUACAGCCAUAAUGCUGGCAAAGCAUCAGGGUAGAUGUAGUCCACAACAUCCAGCCCGUGCUCUAGUUGUUGCCUGAAAAACAGCCAUUAUAGAGAUUCUCAACCAUAUGUAAACAUUUUUUUCCCCCCUUCUAAAUGGCAAUGUUUGAAAUUACCCCAGAAAAGGGACAACAUUUAUGUACCAACACUACUACAUUUCGAUGUUGCAGUUUUGAUGCUUGAUGUCCCUUUAAAACUGAUCAUCGCCAUAUUGCCUUUCCAUAGCCUGAUUCACAGUUUUGUAAACAAGGCUGUGUACAGAUAUAUCCAGAGCCUCUUGCCAUGCGCAGCUAUGGCUCUGUGUAAAUCUUGUGCAUUUGCCCAGUGUGCAUUUUACAUGCACAAUUUAGAUGGUGGUUUUGGGAGGAAGUAAAUUUUCCUCCUCUGCUGUGACCAAGUUGCAAGGCAUAUAGAUGCAGUGACUUUUUUUUUACAAACCAACCAAGGAUCUCUUCAUACCACAAUUAAUGCAAUAGAAAAUCAUACAGUUUUAAAAUAAGGUGUAUAGACAGAGGUCAGUGCUCAAUAUUAAUUCAUAAUUUUACCCCACUCCCUCUAGCAUGUAAGCUCAUUGAGCAGGGCCCUCAACCCCUCUGUUCCUGUGUGUCCAGCUUGUCUGGUUACAACUACAUGUCUGUUCGUCCACCCAUUGUAAAGCGCUGCGGAAUUUGAUGGCGCUAUAUAAAUAUCAUAGUAAUAAUCUUGACUUCUCUGCUGCAUUCGGCACCUAGGGCAAUAGAAUUUUAUUACACCAUCUGCAUUACAUCUGUGGACUGAGUGGUACAGUUCUAAGCUAAUUCAAAUCAUUUCUAUAUAACAACCCAGAGAGUAUUAUCUGGAGUACACACCUUUAAACAGGUUCCCAUAGCACAUGGAGUCCCACAGGGUUCCAUCUUAUCGCUCAUUCUAUUUGCAGCGUAUGUACUUCCAAUGGAGGAUAUCAUAAGGCAACAGGACCUCAAAAAUCACUGCUAUACUGAUGACACACACACACAUACAUCUCAUUCUAACCAAACUCAAAGGUUUCAGCAGAAACAAAUAAUAACCGCCUUGCUGAUCUCCUGGAAUGGCUGAAGCUAAACCCAGACAAAACAUAAGUACUUGUGAUGGGUGCAGAGAGUUUGAUAAGCAAUCUGCAAAAAUAAUAAUCAUAAUCAGUCUAGAAUGUGGUGUGGUGCCUGACAUUGAACCCUUCUUGAAACCUCAUAUCCGCUACAGUGCAAACCUCAUUCUUCGUUUUAAUGAAUAUAGCCAGGUUCAAGUACCUGAUACCUACAGAAUAUCUUCCCACAAAGGUGACUGGACUACAAAAGACUUAGGAGGGUUAAACCGUUUUCUGAUGAUAUACCAAUGCUAGUGUUCCUGGUGUGGAAGGUGGCCAGAGGAAGGAACACCGGAAGCGAGUUGUCGUUCACCUGGGGACCAAGCUGGCAUUGGUUCCCUUCUCUCCUCUGCUUUUUCCGUGAGAAAUACCCUGCAGCGUAUUGGAGGUGUGAUGCUGCCCUAAAAGCAUAAAAGUCCAAUAUAUAUGCUCCUUCAAAUGCGAGUGGUUAACUUCACCACCAUUUAUUUUAUCCUAUCCUACGUACCAUCUGCACUAUAUUGUAUUUUUUAUUUUAUAUGUACCACAAGCCAAGACUAAAACAAGGUUACAUGGGGUAAGUUUAUCCCAUUUUGCACACAUUUUUUAGAGCUCCACUUAAAGGUGCAGGUUUUACUUAUACCACUCUAUAGAUCUUCCCACAAUUAUCCAUGUUUUGGUGACAUCACUUUAGACUACUGCAAUGCACUCUAUUAUGGUCUUUCAGAAAAUUACUCGAUUGCUUUCAGCUGGUACAAAAUACUUCAACAGACCAGUAGCCGAUCAGUCAAAGUUUUGUCAUGUGAUACCCAUCCUGCAUAACUUGCACUGGCUACCAGUAAAAAAGUGACAACUGUUCAAGAUAGGUCUGCUACAUGAUCAGGGACCAAGCUUUCUAAAAGAAUAAUUGGUGCCCUAUGUCCCAAACUCGCAGUCUUCGUUACGCGCAUGCUGGAAGCUGACUGUGCCAGGAAUUCAACAAAACUGUGGCUUAUACACGUUUAGCCAUGUCACCCCAUCUCUAUUGAAGACUCUCCUUAGGACAGUUAAUAAGUCACCUCCCUGGACAUUUUUAAACAAAGACUUAAGACCUACCUGUUACACAAGCCUUUCAGUAAUACAACCUGCAACUUCUUAAUACUUGAGUGUAUAUUGUAUAAAGUGCAUUGAGUCCAAUGCAGAGAAAAGCACUAUAUAAGUUAUUUACUAUUAUUAUUACUGUAAAGAGACAAUUUAAAAGCUUCAAUAUUUUAUAUGGCUGGCUUUUUAAAUAUUUUUUUAUUUUUAUUAUAAUUUUAGUAAAACUAUUCGUAGUAAUAAAUAUAGUGAGUGGGAGUGUCUGUUUAUUUUAUUUCUGUUCUCGAUCGGGAGGGUGUCUUAGAGGUUAGUUUUAAGAUGAUUUUAACAUCAUAAAUAGUAUAUAGGUGCAUCUUUUAGUGUCUAACUAUGGGUUGUUUCUUCUUUUUUUUUUUCUUCCUGUUUUGGGUUUAGGUGUCAAAUGUGAUCUCAGAAGAAACACCUGGAUAAUGUUCGGUAUACCUAGGAACUUUACUCUGUGACAAUAGUAAAGGUAACUUAGGUUUUUUUUUUGUUUUUUUUGGUAUGCAUUUCCCUUUUUUGUUUUGGUUAUUAGUCCUGUAGUUAAGUGUUUUAAAUAUCCCAUUUCUUCUUUGCAUCAAUUAUUGGCUAGAUGCAUCGCCGUAAACGGUACUGGUCCCCUGAAGAAAGCUACAAAAAUCAGACGUGGAAAAGGAGGCGGCGAAGCCCAAGCAGAGAGCGUGAGGGGCGAAGGAGAUUAUACGAGAGAUGGAAAUCUCCACGCAGGUCACGUUCACGGAGGUAACCCAUAGGAAGAAAUAGAAUAGUGAUGUAUCGUGAUAUACAUUGUUCCUGAUGCUGAGUCUACGUUUCUGCUUUAUAACAGUCUGCAUUCUAUUUGGAAUGUUGCUUCAUUUUGGUGCAGAGAAAGGGACUAGUUUGAUCAUAUGUACUUUUCUAUUUGAAAGUUUGUGGCUGUUUUGAAAGUACGUAGUAACAUUUGUUAUUUUUGCUUCACGGGAAAGUAAGUCUGUAGAAAAAAAAUGUGUACUUGAUUCAUUCCAUUUCUGUAGAGACUUGCAUUCUGUGUGAGUAGUGCUCUGAGCCUUUCCACUAAAGAUAGACGCUCAAUUGCCCUCCAGGCCAAGAGUGAGUAACAAAUAGAUCUCACUGAAGUUGGGGGCUGGAGUCCCUUGGCACUGUCUUAUUCUAAGGGCUAAACGGUUUUCCAAUGGUUUAACACUUGGGUUGCUCCCAAGCUGCCUGGCCGCACUGAUUUCUCUCUUCUGUGCCUGGCUGCCUUGCUGAGCAGAGAAGUUCAAGGCAUUGGGAAAACUGUUCAACACAGCGCCCAAGGACUCCAGCCCUCAAAACAACUUCAUGAGGUUGCUUUGCAAGAAGAUUAAUCUCUUGCAGUACUGCAAGUCUCAUGAUGUCUGGCUAGUUGUACAUCUGAAGAAAACAGGGGUUGACAAACACUGGUAAAGAUUAGGGAACAAGAUUGCAUAUUUAGCAGUUAGUCUUACAUGACUCAUUCUGCUUUAACAUCCAUAGUGUUCUGUGCAAAGUAUUUCUAAAAUAUAUGUACCAGCAGCAGUGGGUCUCAAAGCCAUGACUCCUGGCACUUAUUAUACUGUGACUGACCUUUCUGAGACAUAUAUUCAAGCACUGAAAAGGUUUGUUUACUCAGCCAACACAGAGUACUAUUUACCACAGAUUUGGGAACAGUAAGAUAUUGGUGAAUGGAAAUGCAGUCAUGGCAUGAGUGCCACAGAGACAAACACUGCCUGAGCUAAGGAAAGCUCUUAGCAGGAGCUUUGGCUCUCAAUACUAAAAUAGGGAAAGGCAGGGACUAUCUCCCUCAACACUAGGUAAGUCAUAUGGUCAGCAAACUGUCUGACUACACGCAUGGUGGGGGCUAAAUAACCACUACAGAUUAUUGGAGUGUUUCUUUCCUGGUGUCUGCAGCCAUCUAGAUUGGAAUUAAACAAUGUAGUGGAUCACUGGAAUUUUACAGCUCUGUAGACAUUCUAGAGAUCUGUGUCACCCACCAGCACUUACACAACUUAGGCUCGGUGCAGGAAGUACUUCAAAUGUUCGAACAUGCAGCCCACAUGUUCCCAGAUAUUUUCAUACAUAUAGUUACGCAGGGACACUUAAACAAAACCAAAGUGUUAAUCACAGCAAAGUUAAUACUGUAUUUAUCCCCUGGCUUCAUUACUGUCAUUAACAUUGAAAUUUGUUUUGUUACCUGGGGGCUCCUGUUUGAAAUGUUCAGCCCUGUUAUUGGUGUAUGUUAAGAGAGCUUCUUGAACACAGAUAUAAAAGUCUAAUAUUCAGCAGAGUAAUUCUUUUAGUUUACAUGGUGACUGACACAUGUCUAACAUUUGUUUAAAAAUUGUGCUUUUCCACCUAACAUCCAAUUCUUUAAAGUAGCAAUUUAUCUUUUUGAACAUAAGGGGAAAAAAAAUAUACUGUUGAUAAUGUAUGGUAACGUAAUAUCUGUAAAGCAGAGAAUAUUACAAAGACUAUAGCUUUUUAUGUUUUGAUUUGAUUGGUAAAGUAAAAACCAGGAGCGUUUUUACUUGUUUAGCAAAUUUAAUGUAAUCAAUUUAUAAAUACAGCCAUAUUGAAGAUAACAUCGGAUAUAGCUUUAAAAAAUUUUUAUUUGUUUUUCUCCUCUUUACUCACAUACUAUGUGGAGCUCUGAAGAAUCUUGCUGUUUUUCUUUUUUAACGCAUUGUUCUGUCAAUAGGAAACAUUGUCUCACACUUUGUAUUUUAGCUACAACAAGGAUACAUAUUGGCCAAAGCCCAAUAAUGCAAGGUCCAGUGAUGUCCGUUUUUCAGAGGGUGCGAGCUCUUCGUCCUACAGCGAAAGCUACUCCUACCACACACAAUCACCUCCUCGUCAUCGCACAAGAGAUCGUGAUAAAAAAAGAAAUGAGAAUCAUCGUAAAGCUUCACACAAACAUCGCUCCAGGUCUGGUAGCUGCACUUCCUCGGUGAGUAUUGAGGACACGGGUGAGUGACCUCCAUUCAGCAAUGCCUGAUGCGUAAAGCCUAAUUCUACGACGAUAAGUGUAUGUAUUGCUGUGUAGUUGUAUAUAACAUAUUUGUACUUUCUAGAUAGUUAAAGAAAGGUUUUUAUAAGUUGCUUGUAAAAUGUCUGGGUUACACAAUUCCGCUAACUAAUUACUGCUUCCUAAUAACUCUCCAAGCAAAAGCCUGUUUAGUAUUUACUGACACUUUGAUGCAUUACUGGAGUGUCCUUUCUUCUAAUUAAAAUCUGGGAAAUAUGUUCCUGGUGUAGAGUAAUGAGGGAUGUACCUAAAUGAUGCCAUUUUAUUUGACUGACCAAUGUCAGUCUUUAAUGAUUUCUCAGGAAAAGUAGAAAUCAGAGCCUUUCUAUGAUAUUAAAAACCCAAGGCCAUAACUUAUUGAUUUGAAUAGCAAAUUUAAAAUCCAGUGUCAAAAUCACAAUAUAGAAAACUGGCGAAUAAAGUGGAAUUGGAAUUAUUUUCUAGCUCUGCUUGCUGGCCUAAACCCCAUUACAUCUUCAGAUAGUGAUUAAAUCUCAAUGUUUUAAUCUGGUAAAUAGUAAACUGAAUUUAAUCUGUAAGUUGUGGUAGCAGAGUUGUUAGCAAAUGUAUAAACUGGGAGAAAAACCUAUUUAAAUUUAGGACACUCCCUCCUUUAAAUCAGUUUUCUGUGAUUUAAAAAAAAUAUAUAUAACAUAAAUGGCUGACUGGAAGAACAGAGGUGGUCCUCCUGCUUUCCAGCACAGAAACCAGCAUGCAUCAUCUGGUUGCUGUUGGAACCAUCACUCCAAUCAGACAACGACAUGCUGGCAAUUCAUGCAGUAUGCCGACAUCAUAGAAAAGGAUUUCCCUGCUUGGGGUAGUGUCCCCAAUAAAUAAUCAGACUGUGCGUGGGACACAGGUGGGUGUUACAGCAGAGUAACAUUCAGAGAGCUGCGGAAUCUGCAGCGCUGGACUGAAGGUAAGUAAUGUUCUUUCUCAAACAUUUGCAUUGAAUAUAUCAUUUGUCUCUAGGAUAAUUGAUAGAUUCAAUGCCUGUUGAAGGCAAUUUCAGGUUAAGUGAAACUAUUACUUGCCUCUACUACAGCGGCAUUUAACUUUGCUCUGCCCCGGUAGAAAUUUUGGGAGGAAGAAUGUGUGGCAGUCUCUGUGAUUGCAACCUGUGCUUCUCUGAGGAACCUUUUCUCAGUUUUAAAGCAAGCACUCAAAGCGUGUGAUGAAGAGCGCCAGGCAUUCUGACCGCUAAAAGGUUGUAAACCUUUAUAAAAGUGCAGAUUUUUUUUAAUUUUAUUUUUUUUAAAUCUGCACUUUAAAAAAAAAUAAAAAAUUUAAGGCAGUGGGUUUGCCAUACUAACCCCUAAAUCACUUCCGCAUGCAUGUUUUUGGCUUUCUGGCACUACUCUUUCUGUGAAAGACACUUUGUUUUGAAUUAAAGGGACACUCCAUGUACCUAAAAAUGGUUUUGUUUUAUAGAUCAUGCACCUGUAGUCUUGCUGCUCAAUUCUCUGCCAUUUAGGAGGUAAAUCUUUCUUUAUGCACUCUAGCCACACUUCCCUUAUAGAUAGGUCUAAUGUUUAAACUUCCUUUAUUGCACACUGUGUUUAAUUUAGAGUUUACCUCCCUCUCUGUUAAUAGCCUGCUAACCUCUGUAGGAACCUUAUGUAUUUGAUUAAAGUUCAUUUAACAGAGCAGGAGGUAAGGACUACAAAAGUGUAAACACUGUGCUGUAAGAUCUGAUAGAGUAACACCCAGGGGGGAGGUAUGGCUAGGGCUGCACAAACCAGUGACUCAACUCCUUAAUGGAAGAGAAGUAAGUAGUGUAACUGCAGGGUCGUGAUCUAUACACCAAAACUGCUUCAUUAAGCUAAUAUUGUUUUGGUGCCUAUAGUGUAUUUUUAGUUAUAGAAGUCUAGUUUUCAUCAACUUUUCCAGUUUUAUAUUCUAGAAGUCUCUCACUGCAGUGAGUGAAUUCAAGCAGUGAUGGUCACUAACAAGAUUCCUGUCUUUCAUGUUAAAAAAAUAGGAAUAGUGUAAAGGGGAAAGCUAAACUUUAUAGUGUACUUUUUAAAUUGAAUUAUUUUACCCACACAAGUUUAAAUUCUUAUAAAGGAAGCAAAAAUUACUCUUUUAAUAUACUACUCUGAAAAUGUCUAUCACUUUUUGGGGGAGGGGAAGUUUAAAAUGUUAUAGUUUUAAUAGGACAAAAAGUAGAUAACAGGUUUCUAUAAAGUUUUUAACCGCUCAUUCAGGAGAAAGUGCUUUGUUGCAUUCAGUUCGGCCUUCACACUGAGCCGUCUCUAACCUGCACGUCUCCCUUUGCAAUAUCCCCUAUCGUUUUAUGUUUUUAUACGUCUGCACACAUCUCAAUCUUCACCGCCUUGGAUCUGAAUCUCCUUAUUGUCCCUGCCUCCCUGAUUUGUACCUUCAAUGAAAACUAUGCCGUGCAUCUGUUGGGGGCGGGUUGAUGUGCAGAAGAGUCACCGGAGCGCAAAGGAUGGCAAGAGUGUGGAAGAUGACAAAGAAGGGCACCUGGUGUGCCGGACCGGAGAACGCAUCCAGGAGAGAUGUACUGACUCCUCUUCCGUAAAACUUUAACCUCUCUAAUCUUACAUCACUUCUCCCUGACCUCCCCUCCCCAUCGAUAAAAACAGGGAUACAGGGAGGGACAGGGAGAUCCAAAGAUAGUAUAUGAAUUUUGGCUAAAAGCUCCUCCCCCUUCCCUUCUUGAUAGACCAGUAGCGUUUUGUUUGAAACAUACAGUUAUAAUAUAAUAUAUGAUGCUCAGCAAACUGUUAAUUAAGCCCUGGUAUGGAGGGGGAUUUAACUGCAAUGCACAUAACAAAUGAUUUAUAAACAAAGGCCUUAAGCCUUUUUACUAGAAGUAUAUGCAAUGUACUAUUUUUCUGUAAAUCUGUGAUUUGACAUUUGUUUCAGGCUUUCAUUAAAUUCUGAACUUAAUACAUCAAAUUAUUUUGAGUUUAAAUUACACAAUCUAACAGGGAGAUUUUUAAACAUUUGAUUUAAAGUCUGAGCAUGUUUUGUAGGCUUAAACAUUUUGCAAAGCAGUCAUAGUGCUGUACAUUUUUUUUUUAAAUUGAAUAGUAAAGUAUAUAGGUGUUUGAAAGCCACAAGAAUUUACCCAACUAUUCCUAACCAGGCAGUAGCUCUCUGUUCCGAGGUAUAGAUUUUAUGUUAGCGUGUCUAAAUAAAGACUAGUACUUUGCUCUCCUGUAAGGUUAAUUUACAAACUGGGCUAUUAAUGAGGAAAGGGCAAACGUGUUAGGGCCCGCUAGUGCUGCCCCUUGCUUUUCUAGCAGACUGUUCAGUAUGGCAACUGUAAUUUAAUGUUUGUCCAGUAUUCAUGUAUAUCUUACAGCAUUUGAUCUUGGAAGGUCUGUCUAGCAGUGAAGGAGCACAUCAUUCUGUUAGACUUGUAGUUAGUGUUUCAUUUUUCUUUUCUGUAACUGUUUAUUCCUAUGUGUUUUUCAGAUGAGAUAGUGGGAGGCCUCGGAGAAGGGACAUUUGGAAAAGUGGUGGAGUGCAUGGACCAUGCCAGGUUUGUAAAGUCCAAGUGUUUUGUCAGAUUAUCAGAUGAUGUGCAUGUAUAAUAUUGUGGGUUUUUUUGGGUCAUAUUGUUCUCUACAGUCGGUAAUAUGUUGUCGUGUAUUUUACACCCAGGGGGAGCACACGAGUGGCUCUGAAAAUUAUACGCAAUGUAAAGAAAUACCGGGAGGCAGCUCAGCUGGAAAUCAAUGUCCUGAAAAAGAUCAGAGAGAGAGACCGGGAAAACAAAUAGUAAGUUUGUGUGUGUUUGUUAAUAUAAUUAUGCACAGAUCCCUUUUAAAUGCUUGUAUACAUGUGUAUCCUGAAACCAAAAUCGAAGAUCCUCCACCUGCGCUCAGGCUGUGUAGAAGUGCAAAGCGAGGGGGGGAGCUUUUAAAGGGAUAUGUGAAGGAAGCCCCUGUUCGAUGGACUUUUGCAGAGGCCUGAAGGCCUGCCUCAUCCCCACAGACUUUGGGCCUGGUCCCAAGAGCCCCUAAAGGGGGCUAUUGUCACUGUAGGGAUGGGUAUGGGGAUCCUGGACGCUUACUGUGGUUCCCAACUGGACUUGAGCACCUCUGUGCAUUGCCUGCAGUCAUUUUAGACAUAGAGCGCCUGACCGGCAAAUACCCUGGAACUGUUCCUUGGAUUGGGACUUUGCCGAGGUCCAGUCAAUCUUUAAGCUGGUAUUGCUUGAAGACCACCAAAUAGCGCUCUAGGCGAGCCAAGGAGGAUCAGAGGAUACCUGGUCUUUAGUGCUCCCCCUCCCCAGAGAUCCAGGAACUCCUUUUUGGGGACCAGGACUAACCCGCUGCAUGACUGGAACUUCUCAAAGAAAAUAGCCGUGAACUGAUAAAACUUUAACACGCUGUUAAUCGGGCGUGGAUUCUCUGAUCUGGGCACUAUUUGCACAAAUGUAUGGUCCAGGGAAAAGGAGGGUUCUGGCUGACAUUUUGUAUACAAUUUCUUUAGGACUGAGAGGUGACAGCAGGAAACCAAUUGUGUUGACCUGGGAUAAUGUGAUUAAUUCCUAGACAGAGGGGUACUGUACAUUGUUCUAUUUGCAGUAAGAAUCAACAUUUCAGUGUAUUAAUAGCGGUGUGCUCUGCAAAAAAAUCAUUCUACCGCAUACAUUCAGGCUUUUCUAAUGUGUGGGGAAAAAGCUAUAGUAAAGCUUUAAUUAUUGCUCUACAAAGAGGGUCUCCAGAGCUAUAUUCACGGCUUGCUGGUACUUUAGAAGGGGUCUUCAGAAACCCCAAUCAAGCUUCACCACUGGUUCUCAAGUUCUCCAGAGUCCCCUGGUCGUACCAAGAAAGCUGAUCUGGCAGAGAUACUCAGUUGGAGUACGAAAGCUGUGUCACAGGAUCCUCUAAUACACCCAACCCAGUCCUCAAGUACCCACUACUUGAGGACUGGCUUGGGAACCACUGCUGUAAUACAUAUCUGUAUUCCUAAUGCUACAGUCUUGAUGUGCCUAAUUAGCUAUGGCCAUGAUUCUCUAUGGCAGACCGUGACGACACUGUGCACGCAUGAAUUUAUGGUUUGAGCGCUGUAACAGACCUGUCUCUCAUACAUAGUCUUGGAAGAAGUGGCUUAAAGCCAUGCUUCCAGACUUUCUAAAUAUUAAAUUGUUUUGGGGAAAGGACAGGGGGUUAGGACUGAAGGCACUAUAACAACUUCAAUAAGCCUGCAGUAUUCCUUUUAUUGAAACAGUUUCGGGGGUGUAGAUCAUGCCCCUGCAGUUUCACUGUUCAAUUCUCUGCCAUUUAGGCGUUAAAUCACUGGCUGUGACUGACUUCCCCAUGAAAAUGUUUCAUUUUCAAUCUGAUCUUACAACAGUAUGUUUAGGAGUUAUCUCUUGCUCUGUCAGUGGAACUUUAAUCACACAUACAGUAGGCUGUUGCAGGCUCUAGCUGCUAAUUAACAGAGCAGAAGAACAUUGUAUCUGCAGCCACACUGUUGAUCACCAAUGUUUAUUGCUAUGAUUGCACCAGCUAUUGUGGCAGUGCACAUCUGCUUGUUAACUCAUGCACUACCUAAAUAAAGAAUAAUAAAAAACAGAGCAGAAGAAGAGCUAUUCUCAUCCAAGUUUGGACACAAAAUGUUAAAGUUUACUUCUACGUCAGCUAAGUAGCAAUUAAAGUUUUUCAAUUCCAGAAGAGUGCAGUUUUUUUUGUCAAAUUUAAAAAAAAAUAUUGUAACAAAAAUAAAAUCAGAAACUGAGAAUUAUUGUAGGACUCCAGACAUAAUGGAGAACCCUUUCCCCAUGAGUCACUGUCUAAGAUCAGGAGGUCAAGACGUUCAAGGGAUAAUGCAAAUAGUAACUUUGAGAGUGGGUAACUUUGUUUCGUAUUAAAGCAGAUGGAGAUCUUUUCUAUACCUGUACAUCUUUUUUCUGGGUGUGAUAGCUUUUGUUCUAGUCACAUGACCCAAACAGUGGCAACUUCCCAGGUGUUGUAGCCCUAGCUGCAGAAGAGGCUUUUUAAAAACCAGAACGUGUGAACGGCUUACUUUUGUUUCUUCAAGGGACACUCAAACCCCCUAAAGCACUUCAGCUUGCUUCUAGGGGUUAACUGUGUCCUCAUUUUUUUUAUACUUUACAAAAGUGCUGAUAAUUAGAGAGAUCAGCCCUUCUAUAAAUGUGCUACACUGCGCUCUGUCUGUGGGACCAUCACACCUCGGAAUUAAAUCUACAAUAAAUUUCUUUCACUUUUUGGGAGAGGUUGGGGGUUGCCUAGGAGACUAUCCAACAUUCUAGCAUUAAGAUUAAAUACAUUUACCUAUAAAGCUAAAUAUAUAUAUUUAAUAUAGGAUAUGUUUUCAUUAGAGUGAAGUAGCAUAUUUUAUAAAUGUGUGUAUUUAUUCUGCUUUAUAAAACAUGCCGAACGAGAGCAAAUAAGAGGUACACGUCUGCUGUUUAAUUCCAAAGUUUGUGUCUCUUUCAUAGCAUGUGUGUUCUGAUGUGGGACUGGUUUGAUUUCCACGGUCAUGUCUGUAUCGCCUUCGAGCUGCUGGGCAAGAGUACAUUUGAUUUCCAGAAAGAGAAUAACUUCCUGCCAUACCCAAUCCAGCAUAUCCGACACAUGGCUUACCAGCUGUGCCACUCCUUGAAAUGUGAGUUUAUUUUUGUGAAUAAAGUUUUAUUGGUUACUGGACGAGGGCUACUCAUCAUACCAAUUGCAUAGGUUUUCACAGUAACAUCCAAUUUUCCUUUUCAUCCUUUGUAGAACAUGCAGUCACGCAGGACUAUUUAAACAUUUGCAAGAAAAUAAACAAUGAUACAUAGGUCUUUUCUUGUAAUUUUAUGGAGUCUUCAGUACUAGGUCCAUUAUUAGACUUUUACUUCUUCUUUCCAUCUCCAGACAGCUUGUCACAAAUGUCACUCCUGUUACUGUGUUUCCUUCUAAUGUAGUAGCUUUGGUUCCUUGGGGGAUGCACUGUUAUUUAUGUUCCUGCUUCAGUGAAUUCCCCUUGUGCUGUACAUACCUUCUGACUAGCAGGAGAUAUAGUACAGUAUAUAUGUAACCUCUACUCUAUUGGCAAUUGUAUAGAACCUUAAUGUGAUAAUUGUUGUUCAAUACAAAGUUAACAUUGGUGUGACGCACACUGAAGAUGUUCAAAUGUUGCUAGGUCCCCUUAUUGGAACAUAACGCAUAAUGGUCCAAUUUGAGCAGUAGAACCAGCACACCCACUGACAGUAUGAAAAGUUAGAUUUUUAUUUUUUUUCCCUCAAAAUUGUUUAGACUGUUGCUGUUUCUUCCUUUUUAAUUUAUUUAUUAAACACUCAUUAUUUUAUCCUGUACUAGAUUGUGCCUUGUUUCAAACAGGAAUUCCUCCUUGCAAUGUUUGUCCUUACUUGUAAACAAAUGAGGAGUUAAAAGAUAGUUUUACUCCCUUAUUCAAUGCCUCUCCAUAGGCAAGUAUUGGGAGGGUAGUGCGCAUGCAUGGCAAAACACUACACUGCGACAAUCAAAAGCUGUCUGAGUCCUUUGAAUAACCGAAUCUGACUGUUAUUCAGAGAAAGUGUUAUGAAGAGUUUCUCUAGAGGUGUUUUUACCCCACAUUGCUGCAUCUACUCAACAGAAAUGUUUCAGAUUGCCAUGUUCACACUAAAGGGCCACUACACCCAGAUCACCUCAUUGAGAUUAUGUGGCCUGGGUGACUUUUAAUGUUCCUUUAAAUAAAUAUAUAUCCAAUUUAAAUAAAUCAUAUAUCUCCUUAAAAAAAAAGCACAUUUGCUACCAUAACCACUAUGUUGCAUUGUAGGGGUUAUGGUGCUUUCACUGUUCCUUUAACAUUUGGAUUGAUCACUGUUCCCAUUUUUUAAAUUUAUUUUUUAUUUUUCCAUUUACAGUUCUACAUGACAACCAACUGACUCACACAGAUCUUAAACCUGAAAACAUACUGUUUGUGAAUUCAGACUUUAACACCAGCUAUAAUGAGGGCAAGGUAAGUGUCGGGAGAGUAACACAACUUCAAUACUGUCAAUAUCCCUAUCAUAGAGGGGCUUCAGUACAUUGUAUUUGCAUGGCAUUGAAACACAUUUAAUCAAGUUUUUGCAUGUUUCCUGACCUGGCUCUGUCUUCUCUUCCUCUAGAAGUGUGAGGAAAAGCUUGUAAAAAACUCCAGCAUCCGUGUUGUAGACUUUGGUAGUGCUACAUUUGACCAUGAGUACCAUACAACCAUUGUUGCCACUCGUCACUACCGCCCCCCUGAGGUGAUCUUGGGUGAGUUGAAACCCUUGUUCCAUGUGUCUAACUUGUAGUGGAGGUACAAAAGUGAUUUGGUGAUUGUCUGUGAUGAUUAAUAUUAGCACCGCACUUGUUUCCAAAUUACAUUUCUUUUUUUUCUUUUUAUUAGCAGAGUGUGAAUAGAUACAACAGUGCCUGUAUCGCCACAACAGCGUCACCAGGCUCUAAUUUGUAGGCAUAACAUAACAAUAGCGCAAUAUAUUAGGUUUGCACAUAUCAAAUUUACGAGGAUAAUGACAGGUGAAGACAUGCAUAUUCAUAGAUUUAGCUAAUGGUGUAGGUUCUUGAAACUUUGGUAAAUUAACUGGAACUUAGGCAGACAAAGGGAGUUUGGGGAGAUAAAUGUGUCCCAUGUUAUACAGAUUGUUAGUGUCCCCUGUGUGUGUUCUGGUGGAUGUGUUUAAUUACUUCUGCAGGUCCGGUUGACGGGUGCUCUUCGGUCAUCAGUUGUGUUCAUGUGACAGGGUGGCUGUGCGGUUUGGAUGGGGUGUGUUCCUGCCCUUAGGUGGGGUCAGUAUGGGUGGUUGAGUAGGUGCUCAUAAAGGUUAGCCAUUGCGACCAGCAUGUUGUGUAUUUAGAGUAUGAGUGGGUCAGUGAGAGAUGUAACUCUUUCAUUAAUCUAAUAGAUUCCACUUUUUGAAUCCAUUCCCUUAUUGUCGGAUGAGUUUGUUUUUUCCAGUAAAUCGGGAUAAGCAUAUUGGCUGCUGUGACUAGGUGGUUGAUUAGCCUUGUCUGGAGGUCGGCCAUCAGUUGUGGGUAUAUGAGGAAUAUGGAUACUUUGGGUGAUAGGGGGAGAUUAGUCUCCGUUAUCCCUGAGAUCAAGGUUUGGAUGACUGGGCAUUGCCAACCGAUAAGUCCCGGGGUGCCUCCUGGUUAGUGGCACCUCCAGCAGGAGUCUGGGAGGCUAGGGAAUAAGCUGCUUAAGUGUGACGGGGUAUAAUGCCAUCUAGCAAUGCGUUUGUAGUUGUGUUCGUGUGUGGCGUUGCUGAUUGAGGAGUGGAAAAUGUUCGAAAAGAUGCCUUUGCAUUCUGAGUCGGAGAAGAUGUUGAGUUCCCUUUCCCACUGGCCUAGGAAUGGGGGCCUAGGGUGACAUGUGUCGUUCUGAAGUAGAUUAUAGAGUUUUGAGAUGUGUUUUGACUUGAGGCCUACGCUUUUGCACAGGUUUUCAAAUGUGGAUAAGUCUCUUGUUGCGCCGCGGAGGAGUGGUGUGGUUGAUAUGAAGUGUUAGCUGAUUGACGUUGAAGCGUAGUAAAGGUGUGGCUAACGUGUCUGGUAUGAUCUCGUCUGGUGGUUUAAUCCCUUGGGCGCUGAGUAAGGUUCCCAGCCUAAGGUAGCUAUGUGUGUGUAUAUUUUUAAAUGUAGAUGGGUUGUAGGUUAGUGGGUAUAGAGGGGGUGGAUGUGGUGAGAUACUUGGCAGUGGUCUAAUCUGCUGCCAUGUGCGUAGUGUCGGGGUUAUGGUUGGGUGGAGUUUGUGUGGGUGGUUGAGAAGAGUUCUGCCGUUGUCAUGCCAAGGUUUGGUGUGUAUAGGUACUGGGAAACAGAGUGCUUCUAGUUGCACACAUUGUUUUGGGUUAUUGGGUAUCGUCCACGCGUAAAUCCGCAAGAGGACUAUGGAUUUAUGGUAGUUCUCGAUAUUAGGUAAGCCGAGACCUCCAUGGUGUUUGUGUUGUCAGUAGCUUGUGUGAUAAUCUGGGGUGUUUAUGUGCCCAUGUGAAGGUACUGAAGGUGCGUCUUAGGGUGGUGAAAAAAGUUUUGGGUAGGGUAAUAGGAAGGGUUUGUAGUAUGUAGAGAAUUUUGGGUAGGAUGUUCAUCUUUAGGAUAUGUGUGCGGCUGAGCCAGCCAAAGAUAAGUUUAUACCAUCUGGUUAGGUCUUUCGUGAGAGAUUGUAGCAAGGGCAGGAAGCUUAGACUAUAGAUUUUGGAUAAAUUGAGGGGUAUGCAGACCCCCAGAUAAGUCACAGCUUCAUCUGCCCAGCGGAACUGGAAUUCCCCCUGCAAGGAGUUUUUCGUCUCUUGGUUCACCUUGAGUGGUAAUAUCUCACUCUUUGUAAAAUUGAUCUUGAAGUUGGAUAUGGUUGCGUACCCAUUAAUGUCUCGGAUUAGGGCUGGUAGGGAGGUUGUGGGUUAAUGGAGAACAGGAUGUCGUCGGCAAAAGCUGCCAACUUGUGUUCCCCGUUAUUUGUUCGUAUUCCCUGGAUAUCUGGGUUGUCUCUGAUGCCCUGCAGGAAGGGCUCCAUUACUAGAACAAAGAGUAGAAUAGAGGGGACACCCCUGUCUCAUGCCAUUUCAGAUAUGGAAGGGCUGGGAUAGUUGUCUGUUGACAUGGACUUUGGCAGUGGGGUUGGAGUAGAGCGCGUUCAUCCACCUGAGCCACGCGGGGCCAAACCCCAGGUAUUCCAGGGUUGUAAAGAGAAGGGACUAGUCCACCCUGUCAAAGGCCUUCUCCGCGUCAAUGGAGACCAAUAGGUAUUGCGCUGUGGAGAGCCUUGAGAGGUGUAUAAGAUUUAGCACUUUCAUGGUAAAUUACAUUUCUUAUGAUGUGCUUCCAACUUCAGGGAUAGCUAAGCAUCAUGGUAAAUGUAGUGCACAAACAUCUGGAUUGCUAUGGUUAACCAUCAGUGGUCUGUAUGAACAGAAAGUAUAAAUGUGGGUGAGCAAGAUUUAAAACUCUACAUUCUAAUUAUAAUGGCUUGAAUGUGAGUAUUAACAUCAUUGAGAUGUGGUAAGUAGAAAAUCUUGAUUAUAAUCACUUUCUCCUUUUCCCCCAGAACUCGGCUGGUCUCAGCCAUGUGAUGUGUGGAGCUUGGGCUGCAUCCUCUUUGAAUUUUACACUGGAUUCACUCUCUUCCAGGUACUCUUUAAAAGUCUGGUAUAUCCGUCUCAUUAAAUGUGCCUGCUGUAUAUUUUGCCAGGUAGCAGCAAAUAUACAUAUAACUCCAUCCUCCAUUUACUCCUGCUGGCUCACGCUUGUUAUGUGUGCAAUAAGUUUCCCUAACCUUCUAUGCAAACUUAAUUUCCCAUAAUUCCUCCUGUUCCUAAAAAGUCGUGUCAAUUCUAGGGCGGUAACUCCACUUUGAUUUCGGUCCAAAUCGCUGACCUUGAUCAAGCAUGCGUGCCUGCUAAAGUUCAGUGUAUUGGAUGGAUAAGUUGCAGUGACUGUGAUCGCUAGAACGUGUUGACCCAUGAGUAUGAGUUAUUCUGUUUUUCAUUGUAAUAAAUGUACGGCUGUGUAGGAGGACAGAGUGCCAGCAAUUCAAUACAGUUUGUAUUAGGUUUUCUUUUAUUAAAGCACUUGGUGACCAACAGCAUACACUGUACAUUGUGUCAUGCCCACUCUAGCUGCCUAUGGCUCGAUCAUAAGGCAGCGAUGGGCACUGCAGUGAGACCUGUACGAGCGAAUACCAAUAAAACACAAGACAUCCAGAAAUAUGUCUUGGCAUUGGAUUAGUGCCAGGCUUUCAUUGUUCUGAUGCCUUUCACUGUGUGUUACAGGUAGGCUGUGUAACUGAUGCAUGCCGAGAGCAGAGUGAAUCAAGCAAUUGCUGACUGUCUCACUAGUAAAGCAGCCAGCCAUAGUGACAGAUUGACUGACUGCUAGGCCGUGUGAUAGCGAUAGGAGCCAUCGCAGUAAUCAUUUGCCUUGGCUAACAAGUCAAGUGAUUACUGGGAUUUGGCUCUCACAGCAGUCACUUAUUGUGGGAGCUAAUCUACUAAAUGGUUAACUGUUAGGGUUACAAAUUGUGUUAAUGUUUGAUGCUGCUCCAUGUUAUAACACUGAUCAUGUCAAUAGAACAAAUUGCUUUUCUUGGAAGCAAGCAAACAGGCAUGUCAUAAUAGAGCAGGUCUCCUAUAUGGUUCUGUAAGUUCCCAAGAAACAGGAAAUGGUACACAUGUGGGGUGUCGCUGCACUCAGAGCUAGGGUUUUAAAAGGUUAGCCACUGAAGAUAUGGGGGAAUCUUACAGCUGGGAGAGAGGAGGCAGUUAAGCCUGAGACUCUGAGAAAAAGGUACUGUGCGACACCUGCUUAAAGUGCUGUAUUUCAUUUUGUUUAACCCCUUAAGGACGGAGCCAAAUGUACAUGUUGUGAAUAAAACAAAAUGUAAACAAAACCUGGCAUUUGUGCUACAUGUCUGUCCAACCGUAAUACACCUCUUUCAUGUACAGGUUUUAUGGUGUCUUGGAAAGUUAUAGGGUUAAAUAUAGUGCUAGCAAAUUAAAUUCCCUUUACUUUCGGCAUGGGUUGUCAGGCAGGUCCCGCUAAUUGUAAUUAAUUAAGAUACCUAAUUAUGUAAAAAUAUUACAUAAAUAUAUAUGUAGAAUUAAUAUAGGUGUAUACAGCCAUUAAACUCAAAACAAUUAGUUUAGUGAGGAUCAAGGUAUCUAUAAUAGUAGGUUGAAUGCAGAUAAAUAUUGCUCAGGAUUUUUUAAAAAGACACUGACAUAAGAACUAUAGACAAUAAUUGAGUAAAAUUCAAUUUAAAAUGAAGAUAGAAAUGAGACUAUAUUAUAAAAUAAUAUUGUUAAAUAUAAAUAACUAUAUAAAAAAAAAUAUAUAUUUAUAAAAGGAAGGGGUUAUGUGAGUAUAAAAUCCAUGUUUUAGUAAAAAUCCAAAAAUAUUCUAAAAAGUGGCAGAUUUCAAAAUCAUUGUUAAGUCCAUGUGGUUGCAUGGUAUUCAAGUUAAAGAUCCACUGCAUCUCUGUUUUUCCUAUCAAUUUUAUUUGGUCUCCACCUCUCCAAUUACCGAUUUUUAUUUUUUGGAUUCCCAUAAAUUCCAAUAGUGAGGGAUCACUGUGAUGUUUUUAAAAUGUAGGGACACACUAUGUUUUAAAACAUUUUUAAUGUUUCUAAUAUGUUCCUGGAUCCUUGUGUUAAGUGUCCUCACUGUCCUCCCUAUAUAUGCCAAACCACAUGGACAACUAAUCAUAUAGAUCACUUUGGUAGACUGACGGGUCAUAACCUGCUUGAUUUUAAAAAUUGUAUUCACAUCUUGUGGAUGGUGGAAUUCUCUUAUCACUCUUUUGGGAUAUAAAUAAAAAUUUUACACUUUAUUAACUUUAUUUGAUUUUAUUUCCAACCAGCAGGGGGACUACCUGUCAUUACAGGCAGUCCCCCUGCUGGCAAUACAGCAGCCAGCUACCCCGGCCAUGUGAUUGUGAGGUCCUCGCAAGGACCUUACUCUCACAUGGCCGGGGGGGCUGCAGGAGAGAUGAUGUGCUGCGGGGGGGGGCUCCCUGGGAGUCCCCCCAACCGCGAUCGUCGCGUGGGAUCGCCGGCGACCGGGUAAGUAAACAAAAAACGGAGGGCGUACUAUUACGCCCGGCGGCAUUUAGAGCUGCCUAAAAUAGGGCGUAAUAGUACGCCCUCCAGUCUGAAGGGGUUAAAACUGGGAACCAGAUUAGAUGGCCAGUUUAAUAGUUGGUAAUACUGUUGUUUAGUAAGUCUCCAAGUUGGAGUAGGAUUUAUUUUCUUUUUGUUUUAUUUUGUGGGAGAGCACAACCUUGUAUAUAUUGUGGAAAGUGACAAUAAACUGCAGUACUAUUUUAUCCUGACUUGCAUUUGAAGUUUGUGAAGAGCCUGGCCAUCCUGCCACAAGAUAGAUAGAUAUAGAUAGAUAUAUAUAGAUAGAUAUUAUUAAAGUUAGGGCGCUCUGAAUCUAAAUCUGGAAUUGAACAAUAUAAUGUUAGUAAUACAAAUGCUAUAGUGUUCCUUUAAAUACUGGGGGAUUCUACAAAUAUUUUUUUGUUUAGGAUUCUGUGACCUGCUAUUAAAUUUAUAAUCUCAGCAGACCAUAUUUUGCAACGGUUUAGCUUUUACAAGGUUAAUUCACUUGCAGGAUUAGUCCAACAAAUUUGAAAUGUAAUAAAAUGUCUCAAUUCUGUAAGAUUUUAACAAUCUGAGUGAAUCUGUUAUGAGUUGGGUUUUCUUACUUGUGUAGAAAUUCUAAGUAAACACAGUGACAUUUGUUUUUUUAUAUACAAAAAAAUGAUACUUGGCACUCACCCUUUCAUGUGAAUAAUGUAAUUUAGCCUAGGUGCAAUCCCGUGUUGAAGAUAUAUAAGCAAAAGUAAAGAGAUGUACUCCAAGGACUUAAUAAGUGAAAAAAGGGUAAUUUAUCCCAAUAGGUAUUACAUCAAAAAUUAGCCGACGUUUCGACCUAUUCAGGUCUUUCUCAAUGACCUUAAAUAUAGUGCUAGCAAAAGACUAUAUUAUUGUCAGUUCUUAAAACCAAAAUGUAUUAUGUGUGGGUUGCCCCUAAAGAGCGUAAAGUUACAGUAACACAAAUACAUGGAAUUAAAAGGCCAACUGUCAUGUAGAAUGUUUGUUUAAAUAGGUAUACUUUGCAUUGCAGAUGUAACAAACUAUUCAUUUUAGAAUUAUACAUAAAUGUAAGCACACUCGACUAACCUUUUUUUCCAUUCUGAUAGACACAUGAUAAUCGUGAACACUUGGUUAUGAUGGAGAAGAUUCUUGGACCAAUGCCACGACGCAUGAUGUACAAAACCAGGUAAGGGAAACGGGCUCUGUUUUCUUAUCAAAACAUUUUGAUAAAGGCCUUGAUGGGCCAAAACGUCACCCAUGUACUUGGCACCUUAAUAAACGAUGACUCUUCUUCAAGGUUUGUGCUGCAUUAUUUGUUUUUGUCUACAAUUCAAAUCCUAACAGUAUUACUUACGAAAAGUGAGAAUUUAAACUAAUGAGGUAAACGUAAUCAAACUGGAAACAUUCUCAAAGUCAGCUACUUUAACCCCUUAGUGACCAGGCUGUUUUUCAAUUUUCUCACUGUUAAGGGCCAGGGCUGUUUUUACAUUUCUGCGGCGUUUGUGUGUAGCUUUAAUUUUACCCUUUAUCAUUUACUGUACUCACACAUAGACUGUUUUUCUCGCCAUCUUUCUAAAGAUACCAUUAUUUUUAUCAUAUCAUAUAUAUUGUACUAUUAAAUUUUUUUUUUUUUUAAAUAUGCAAAAAACACCCGUGCUAAAUAGUUUUUCUUUUUUUUGUCCUGAGUUUAGAAAUACCCAAUGCUAACAUGUUAGCUUUUUUUGCAAGUUAUAUGGCUAUAAGUACAAGUAGGACACUGCUGUUUCAAAAUAUGUAUAUUUUUAAAAUGUAUCUAAAGUGACAUUGUAACACUGUGAUCUGUCAUAAAUCUCUGAAUCACACCUCAAAUGUACUUUUUUUAUUUUAUUUUUUAAAAGUAGACAUUAUGGGGUAUGGCCAGUCUUUUUUUUAGUAGCCACUUAGUCGCAAACACUGGCCAAUGUUGGAAUUGUUUUUGUUUGUGUGUUAAAAAUGCAAAAAACUAUUAUGAAUGCUAACUUUUGAAUAAGUGGCUACUAAAGAUUGAACAUACCCCAUCAGUGAAAGUGACGAUUGUGUGUGAAAAUUGCAAAAAAGUUCACUUUCACUGACUAUAUCAUCGCUGUGAUAUUACUGUUUUGAAACAUAUAAUGAUUAAAAUUUAGUUUUAAAUAUUUUUACAUUUUAUUUUUCAUUUUAUUUUUUUACAAUAUAUAUUUACAGUGUAUAUGUAUAAUAUGUGUGUGUGUGUGUAUAUAUAUAUAUAUAUAUAUAUAUAUAUAUAUAUAUAUAUAUAUAUAUAUAUAUGUAUAUAUAUAUAUAUAUAUAUAUAUAUAUAUAUAUAUAUAUAUAUAUAUAUAUAUAUAUAUAUAUAUAUAUAUAUAUAUAUAUAUAUAUAUGUACGUGUGUAAAUUUUAUAUUGAUAUAUGUAAGGGGCAGAACGUAAAAUAUGAUACCCUACUAACCUCAAGAUCUGAGGAAAGGGAUUUAGGAGUAAUUAUUUCAGAUGACUUAAAAGGUAGGAAGACAACGUAAUAGAGCAGCAGGAAAUGCUAGCAGAAUGCUUGGUUGUAUAGGGAGAGGUAUUAGCAGUAGAAAGAGGGAAGUGCUCAUGCCAUUGUACAGAACACUAGUGAGACCUCACUUGGAGUAUUGUACACAGUACUGGAGACCGUAUCUUCAGAAGGAUAUUGAUACUUUAGAGAGAGUUCAGAGAAGGGCUACUAAACUGGUUUAUGAAUUGCAGGAUAAAACUUACAAGGAAAGGUUAAAGUAACUUAACAUGUAUAGCUUGGAGGAAAGACGAGACAGGGGGGAUAUUACAUUUAAAUACAUAAAGAGAAUCAACACAGUAAAGGAUGAGACUAUAUUUAAAAGAAGAAAAACUACCACAACAAGAGGACAUAGUCUUAAAUUAGAGGGACAAAGGUUUAAAAAUGUCAGGAAGUAUUACUUUACUGAGAGGGUAGUGGAUGCAUGUAAUAGCUCUCCAGCCAAGGUGGUAAAGGUUAACACAGUGAGGGAGUUUAAGCAUGCAUAGAAUAGGCAUAAUGCUAUCCUAGACUUAAGAUUAGGCCAGGGACUAAUUAAAAGUAUUUCGGAAGUUUGGCAGACUAGAUAGGCAGAAUGGUUCUUCUUUGCCUUUACAUCCUAUGUUUCCAUGUGUGUGUGUGUGUGUGUGUGUAUAUAUAUAUAUAUAUAUAUAAUUUUUUUUUUUUUAACUUUUUUCACCAGCAGGGGGUGUCAGUUCAGGCAGUCCCCCUGCAGGCAGCACUAUGGACGCCUAUUGCUGCCAUGUGACUGCUCUUUCAGAGUGGUCACAUGGCCCAUGGGGUCCUAAUUUGCAGAUGGGGGUCUGUCUGAUAGCUUCCGAUGCUCUGUCUCAGUGCCGGACACCAUAUGGGGCACCCCCGUAAGUGAUCGCUCCAGGAGAGUGCUCACCCGGUGACCCGGCAGUCAGGGGAAGUAUUGCAGGAUGCCGCGAAAUGAGACAUCGCUGCAAUACCGUUAGAGCGGCUGGAAGCAAUUGCUUCCAGUGCUCACUUUUGCUGUGGACGUACUGGUACAUCCGCGGUCACUAAGGGGUUAAAUUUGACUUUAUUUUGAAUUCUCACUUUAGUGAAUAACCCAGUAAAAAAAAAAAAAAAUUCCUGCGGAUGUAAUUCUCAAAUAACAAUCUGUCUCUAGGGAUUCUGGAGGGAAAAGACUUUAUUUUGCUUAUGUAAUUUAUAUCUUAUUAGUGUAGUUGUUUCUGUUCUAUCCGACCUUAAAUGAACACUGUAGUGUUAGAAAUAGUUGUGUUGUUGUUUUUUUUUUUUGCUCCCUUUAUUUUUUUUAAAUAAACCCUACCACUCCCUUAUUUCGCCGGCCAAGAGUGUGGGCUUGCUCUUUCAGCCCGCAAUUUGGUCCAAUCACUGGCUUCUCCAUGAGAAGCCUGUGAUUGGACAGCGUGCGGCUCCAGUGACAUCAGGACGAGGCGCAGAAGAACGUUACCAGCAACUUGUCCAAGUGCUGGAUUUCAGGUGAAUAAAAACUUAUUAUCGGUUUCACAAUGCCCAAUAGGACAGGUUAUAGAAAUCUUUUAAUAACAUAUAACUGUGUCAAGUAACUACAUAUCAAUGUAACACAGUAUUUACAUGUCUAGUAUUAUAACUUGGUCUAAAAAAAAUUUGUAUGCAUUUCUUGAUGUGACUACCAUAUCUUUCACACUUCAGAAAACAAAAAUACUUCCAAAAUGGUGCUUUGAUCUGGGAUGAAACCACUUCAGAUGGACGAUAUGUUAGCAAAAACUGCCAUCCUCUAGUAGUAAGUACUGGAAUUAUUUUGCUCUGCAAUUCAGUCUAUAAAAUAGACAAUCCAUAAAGUGUCUACGUUCCUCCCUUUUUCUUGCUUUCUCUUUUUGUUUUGUGUGUUUUUUUUUUUUUAUAUAAAUGACAGUGGAAACGUAAAGUGGUCUUGCUUUAGAUGGUAUUAUAUAAUAUUUAUGCAUUCUUGUGGUAUGACCACCACUAGAGGCGCUUCUUUAUUGAAAACCAGUCUUGAAGGUCUUCAUGUUUGGUGUCAUCACGCAGAGCAUAACCAUGCCAAAAAGUAAUAAUGCUUCUCAUAAAUAUUUAUAACAUUGGCAUGUUCCUUUAAAGAGACACCACAGAGAUCAUAACUAUUAUGCCUUAUUACAGUGGUUAUGGUGGAAGUAGGCUUUAAAUGCGGUCUGUAUUUAUAAAAACUGGUUUCUACUGUUUUGAAAAACUCCCAUACCUUUUUCAGCCUGGGACAUCAAAUGAGUUUCACCUUCGUUAAAGGAACACUUCAGACCCACAAAGCACUUGAGUUUGCUGAAGUGUUUUAUUUGUGACGAGUGUAUUCUUUUUUGCAAAAAAGUGCAAAUCUAUAUAGAAAUUGGCGCUUUUGUAGAUGAACUUUGUUGCACCCUCUUGGCAUUCAAGCAGACAAUUGGUCUUGUUACUUCUGUUUGGUUAACUCAGUGGAACUAAACUCAAAAGGCAACAAUUGCCCAGAGAUCCUGCCUUACAAAGACAUCUUAUUGAUCUGUAUUGGGAAGGAGGAGUGGGUCUGCAAAGGUUUUAAAAAAGAGAUCUGCAGCUUUUACCAGCUGUUUUUAGAUAUACCCCCAUGGGGGAAAAGGUAUAAUUAAAUACAUGCAUGUUGUCAUUGGGCCUGUAUCUACUAAACAGUAAUGUGUGUAGUUAUUAGUUUCCUUUUAAAAUAUUUUUGGAUUGCAUUCGCACGUGUCCAUGCCUCUCAUCCUUAGUUUUGUUUUUGCAGAGUUACAAAACAAACCAUACUCCUGGGGAUGCUCAGUUGUUUGAUCUGCUGCGGAGAAUGCUUGAAUUUAACCCUGCAUUAAGAAUAACACUCUCUGAAGCACUGAGCCAUCCAUUUUUUAGCUGCCUGAGCCCUGAAGAGAAGACACUGGUCAGUCGGACCUCGAGGGAUCUCAGCAGAUGACUGGAGACCUCCUUGGAAUACAACUGUUGGUUGCCUCAGAUUACUACAGUGAAGGACCACAUGGCUUAUAUUGCAGGACCGCUAGAUAGCCCCAGUGCUUUAGUGGCUGCUGCAUAUCUACCUCUUGACUGUAGAGGUUGAAGUUGCCAUUGCACUUUUUAAAGAGGACAGUUGUUGCAUUUUGAUGCCUUAAUCUCCCCAUUGUAAAUAUUAUUCUUGGGUAAAUAUGGAAAAGAUGUUUGCAGAAGCUAAAUUAUCGUCCUGCAGGAAGCUAUUUAAGAAUGAACUUGCGCUUGCGAAUUCCUGAAGGUGUUCUCUGCUUCACUUGGCACUGACGGAAGGGAUCCCUUUAGUCUAGCAGACCACCUGCAUGCUAUGGUUUUGUUUGGGUUUCCCCCUCCCCCUUUUUCCCCUCUAUUUCGGAUCCAAGGGACAGCAGGAUAUUGAAACGUCUUUACAUGUGGUUCGUAUAGUUUUAUAAAUAUAUUUGUAUACUCAGGGAUGAAGGUUAAUAAAAUGCUUCAGUACUCCAAGAAGUAAUGGUGAACUGACUUGGUAAUAACUGAAUUUUCAUAAAACAUGUCUGUCUUUCAAGCAUUGCACAGGGGUCUGGGGAAUGUCGCUGUAACUACUCUUUAAAGCUAUUCUGUCAAUAGAUUUGGAAAGGUUCAAUUUUUUUUUCUUAUACUUUUUCUACUAAUUAAAACUUGGAAUUUUUUUUGUUUAAAAUGAUCAAUGUGCUUUUCAAGAUGUUCUUUUAGCACAUUUUAGCCCAAGACCAUUUAAAGGAUCACUAUAGGGUCAGGAACACAAACAUGUAUUCCUGACCCUAUAGUGUUAACACAACCAUCUAGCCACCCUGGACCCCUCAUGCCUCCAUAAAUAUAGUAAAAACCUUUCUGUAUUCAAGGCUGAAGCUGUAAAUCUGCAUGCUGUUACACUCGGAAAACCAAGCAGUCUGCUGAUGUGGUAGCCUGAUCCAAUCACAGUGAUCCCCAUAGGAUUGGCUGAGACUGACAAAGAGGCAGAUCAGGGGCAGAGCCAGCAUGAUUCAAAC